AUGGCUACGCGUAAUGUUACCGGAUCUCACGUGCGGCAGAGCAUGGUGGCCAGUGGAGGUGCCGUCAAGGCCAGACAACUAGCCCAGCUUAAUUCACAACUUGCUCAACUAUCAUCUAAUCUCUCUGACACGGAAAACUUGUUGCGCAUGACAAGCGUUCAGGCGGAAGCAAUGCGAGGACUAGGGAGCUGGCACGGCGGGCUGUUUAUGGCAGCAAGCAAGGUGUUAGGAGAGGAGAGCGUGAAGGAAGCUGGACAGCCUGGAAAAUAA